AUGUACAUUUUAUUGCUGAUCACAUCCAUCCUCACCGCCACUGCUAAAGCACUGGUUAUCAAUAAUAAAACAGUGAUAUGCUACGGUGGACCAGGGACACUGCCAUCUACCGAUUUAUACAACAAACAUGGAGACUGGAAUCGCACCUACCAUCCUGCAGAACCACAACAGAUUCACACAUCCUGGGUAUCCAACGGAAAAGCCAUUCGAGUGCAAUUCUCCACCAUAUCUUCAGUAGAGAACUCUCGAUUGCAUUAUUGGUAUGAUUCAGACAACGAUGAUGUCGUCUAUGAGAACUUGAACUGGGAGUUUGUGGAUGGUGGCAUUGCAAAGAAGAGUCAGUUUAUGCACACAUUCACAUCAAAGCAGCUUGUGCCCUCUACCAUCUACAAGUACAACAUUGAAACCACGGACAAGGAUCAGGUCUUUGUAUCAAACACAUACGAAUUUCACACACCACAGGAGGAUGCAGUGUCGUUUAAAUUUCUAGCCACUGGAGACCUGGGUGUCGCUAAUGCUGUGUCCAUGCCUUUGUUUAAAGAGUUAGCGCAAAACCAUGACUAUGAUUUUGUUGCCAUCAUGGGAGACCAAGGCUACAACCUGGAUGAUUUCAACGGCACCAAAGGAGAUCAGUACAUGAACUUUGCUCAAGACUUUUAUGCUAAUGUGCCUCUGCUGACAACAGCUGGGAACCAUGAAGAGGCAUUCGACCUGAUGCCGUACUAUGAAUCCAAUUUCGAUAAUGCCAUGCAGUAUUCUAUUGAUUACAAAUCACUGCAUUUGAUCUCGUUUGCUACAGAAGUCUUUUUCGAGGGUUCCGAUGCGCAAGUCCAAACAUCGCUGCAAUGGUUGGAGAGUGAUUUGAUCAAAGCAAGUCGACGCAGAGCAAAGGUGCCUUGGAUCAUCGUCAUUGGACAUAGACCGCUGUACUGCUCCAUCCUAUCAAAUCCUGACUGUAAAGAGAAUGCAGAAACCCUGCGAUUUGGACAUUCAAAGCAACAAGGAUUGGAAUCGUUGCUGGUCAAGUACAAUGUGGACAUUGGACAUAAACACAAUUAUGAAAGGACAUUUCCCGUUCGAAAUGAUACAGCACUCACCAGAUCCUAUCACAAUGCACCUUCCUUCUUUCAAGUGAUCACUGGCAACGCUGGAAACUACGAAGGCGGGGAUGUAUUUGAUAAAGACACAGAGAUACCAAGCUGGCUUGGCAAUCGUUUCCAAGGCUACGGAUUCUCCACAAUUGAAAUCUCUCCCAGACAUUUGGACCUUCAUCACUACGAAACUCACAUUGACGGUACAUUGGGCCGCUUGCAAGAUCAUGUCAGAGUGAGCAAGACAGCGUGCCAUAUUAACAAGCAGAGAAUCAUACGUCAAGAUUGA